GGCCCGAGCGAGGGUGGGGGGCGGCGGGCGGCGCGGGGCGGCGGCGAGCGGGGGCCAUGCAGGCGCGCUACUCCGUGUCCAGCCCCAACUCCCUGGGAGUGGUGCCCUACCUCGGCGGCGAGCAGAGCUACUACCGCGCGGCGGCCGCGGCGGCCGGGGGCGGCUACACCGCCAUGCCGGCCCCCAUGAGCGUGUACUCGCACCCUGCGCACGCCGAGCAGUACCCGGGCGGCAUGGCCCGCGCCUACGGGCCCUACACGCCGCAGCCGCAGCCCAAGGACAUGGUGAAGCCGCCCUAUAGCUACAUCGCGCUCAUCACCAUGGCCAUCCAGAACGCCCCGGACAAGAAGAUCACCCUGAACGGCAUCUACCAGUUCAUCAUGGACCGCUUCCCCUUCUACCGGGACAACAAGCAGGGCUGGCAGAACAGCAUCCGCCACAACCUCUCGCUCAACGAGUGCUUCGUCAAGGUGCCGCGCGACGACAAGAAGCCGGGCAAGGGCAGCUACUGGACGCUGGACCCGGACUCCUACAACAUGUUCGAGAACGGCAGCUUCCUGCGGCGGCGGCGGCGCUUCAAGAAGAAAGACGCGGUGAAGGACAAGGAGGAGAAGGACAGGCUGCACCUCAAGGAGCCGCCCCCGCCCGGCCGCCAGCCCCCGCCCGCGCCGCCGGAGCAGGCCGACGGCAACGCGCCCGGUCCGCAGCCGCCGCCCGUGCGCAUCCAGGACAUCAAGACCGAGAACGGUACGUGCCCCUCGCCGCCCCAGCCCCUGUCCCCGGCCGCCGCCCUGGGCAGCGGCAGCGCCGCCGCGGUGCCCAAGAUCGAGAGCCCUGACAGCAGCAGCAGCAGUCUGUCCAGCGGGAGCAGCCCCCCGGGCAGCCUGCCGUCGGCGCGGCCGCUCAGCCUGGACGGUGCGGAUUCCGCGCCGCCGCCGCCCGCGCCCUCCGCCCCGCCGCCGCACCAUAGCCAGGGCUUCAGCGUGGACAACAUCAUGACGUCGCUGCGGGGGUCGCCGCAGAGCGCGGCCGCGGAGCUCAGCUCCGGCCUUCUGGCCUCGGCGGCCGCGUCCUCGCGCGCGGGGAUCGCACCCCCGCUGGCGCUCGGCGCCUACUCGCCCGGCCAGAGCUCCCUCUACAGCUCCCCCUGCAGCCAGACCUCCAGCGCGGGCAGCUCGGGCGGCGGCGGCGGCGGCGGCGGCGCGGGGGGCGCGGGGGGCGCGGGCGGCGCCGGGACCUACCACUGCAACCUGCAGGCCAUGAGCCUGUACGCGGCCGGCGAGCGCGGGGGCCACUUGCAGGGCGCGCCCGGGGGCGCGGGCGGCUCGGCCGUGGACGACCCCCUGCCCGACUACUCUCUGCCUCCGGUCACCAGCAGCAGCUCGUCGUCCCUGAGUCACGGCGGCGGCGGCGGCGGUGGCGGCGGGGGAGGCCAGGAGGCCGGCCACCACCCUGCGGCCCACCAAGGCCGCCUCACCUCGUGGUACCUGAACCAGGCGGGCGGAGACCUGGGCCACUUGGCGAGCGCGGCGGCGGCGGCGGCGGCCGCAGGCUACCCGGGCCAGCAGCAGAACUUCCACUCGGUGCGGGAGAUGUUCGAGUCACAGAGGAUCGGCUUGAACAACUCUCCAGUGAACGGGAAUAGUAGCUGUCAAAUGGCCUUCCCUUCCAGCCAGUCUCUGUACCGCACGUCCGGAGCUUUCGUCUACGACUGUAGCAAGUUUUGACACACCCUCAAAGCCGAACUAAAUCGAACCCCAAAGCAGGAAAAGCUAAAGGAACCCAUCAAGGCAAAAUCGAAACUAAAAAAAAACCCAAUUUAAAAAAAAAAAACCCUGAGAAUAUUCACCACACCAGCGAACAGAAUAUCCCUCCAAAAAUUCAGCUCACCAGCACCAGCACGAAGAAAACUGUAUUUUCUUAACCGAUUAAUUCAGAGCCACCUCCACUUUGCCUUGUCUAAAUAAACCCGUAAACUGUUUUAUACAGAGACAGCAAAAUCUUGGUUUAUUAAAGGACAGUGUUACUCCAGAUAACACGUAAGUUUCUUCUUGCUUUUCAGAGACCUGCUUUCCCCUCCUCCCGUCUCCCCUCUCUUGCCUUCUUCCUUGCCUCUCACCUGUAAGAUAUUAUUUUAUCCUAUGUUGAAGGGAGGGGGAAAGUCCCCGUUUAUGAAAGUCGCUUUCUUUUUAUUCAUGGACUUGUUUUAAAAUGUAAAUUGCAACAUAGUAAUUUAUUUUUAAUUUGUAGUUGGAUGUCGUGGACCAAACGCCAGAAAGUGUUUCCAAAACCUGACGUUAAAUUGCCUGAAACUUUAAAUUGUGCUUUUUUUCUCAUUAUAAAAAGGGAAACUGUAUUAAUCUUAUUCUAUCCUCUUUUCUUUCUUUUUGUUGAACAUAUUCAUUGUUUGUUUAUUAAUAAAUUACCAUUCAGUUUGAA